AUGUAUCUCUCCAAAUUAUUUAUUACUUGUGUGGCCUUGAUGGUGGCCUCGCUGUGUUGUGUCACGCCAAUCAACGCUCAGAACCUUCGACCAAUCAUUGGUAUACUGUCACAGCCCACAGAUGGAGACAUGGCUGCAUUGGGCGACCAGUACAUAGCGGCCAGCUACGUCAAGUUCAUCGAGAGUGCCGGCGCACGUGUCGUCCCCAUCCUCUACGACAUGAGCCAGGACGACCUCAAGACCCUGCUCUCACAGCUCAAUGGCGUGCUGUUCCCAGGCGGCGGCGUCGACUUGGCCAACUCGCCCACCUACUACGACAACCUCAAGCUGAUCUGGUCGUUCGUGAUCGAGUCCAACGACAAUGGCAACCCAUUCCCGCUCUGGGGCACCUGCAUGGGCUUCCAGGAGCUGUGUAUGCUAGCCGCGGACAACCUCAACAUCCUCUCGCCCUUUGACUCGGAGAACUACACCAUCCCCCUCAACCUGACUGCCGCCGCGCAGACCAGUCGUCUGUUCAGUCUGGCCAGCCCAGCUGUGAUGACGGCGCUCACCACGCUGCCCAUCACAAUGAACGCGCACCAGUACGGUGUGUCGCCAGCCACCUACACCGCGACCGCGUCGCUCAACACCUUCUUUGACGUGCUGUCGACCAAUGGUGAUCGCGAGGGCAAGGUGUUCCUAUCGACGAUCGAAGCCAAGAACUACCCGAUCUACGGCUCUCAAUGGCAUCCGGAGAAGCCCAUCUUUGAGUGGUGGGCCGAGGAGGUGAUGAACCAUUCGUACGACAGUAUCGUUGGCAAUCAGUACACUGCCAUGUUCUUUGUCAACCAGGCGCGCAACAACAACAACAAGUUCACCACAGUGACCGCCGAGUCCCAAGCAUUGAUCUACAACUACAAUCCAAUCUACUCAUUCGACAUUGAUCAAGACUUUGAGCAGGCCUAUUACUUCAACAAUGCCUCCACCUCCAGUUUCACCUUC